AUGUGCCGUUUCAUGAUCUACAAAGGUAAGCGGCGCAUGAUGCUCUCGGACCUUCUCACACGGCCCGCACACUCAAUCAUCAACCAGCUGUUUGAUUCUAGGCUCAGACUAGAUAUGCGCAACCCAAUCAAUGGUGAUGGGUUUGGUAUAGGCUACUAUAGUGAAAAGAAAGACGCAUGUGUCUUUCGUGCCAUCACCCCUGCGUGGAACAAUGUGAAUCUCAAUUCUUUAUCAAACUGUACGGAAUCGGGACUUGUAUUCGCCCAUGUAAGGGCAUCGACUCAAGGCGUUUUGGCAGAGACAAACUGCCAUCCAUUCCAAUAUGGCAGAAUUCUCUUCAUGCACAAUGGAGGCAUUCUGGCUUUUGACAAAAUCAAGCGGAAGCUAGUUAUGCAUUUGGACGACCGGUUUUUUCUCUUCAUUCAAGGUUCUACAGAUAGCGAGUGUUGCUGUGCCCUAUUCUUGGAUACUCUCUACAAAAUGGGAUACGACCCGGACGAUGCUAAAGUCGAGUUUUCUCACAAAAUCCUCCGUGAGGCACUUCUAAGUAUGAUUGAGCUCAUUAAAAACUGGCAGGUGGAGCUCACUUCGGAGCCCUCAUUGAUGAACUUUGCAGUCACAGAUGGAGACUCAGUAGUGGUCUCUCGGUACAUCACAUCAAAAACCGACGAGGCUGCCUCUUUGCAUUUUUCCACGGGAUCACGGUUUUUUGAGUACGAGCCGGGCUUGUUCAAAAUGGAGCGUCUUAAUCGCUCGCAGGAUGUGAUCUUCGUGGCCAGCGAGCCCCUCACUUUCGAGCGGGGUGACUGGACUUGCGUGCCUUCGAACACGGUCAUUUCUAUCACCAAAAACAAUACUGUACUCAUGCACCCGAUUAUGGAUGAAUUCUAUAACAGCAAAAUUUCUGACAGAUCCUCUGGAUUUGCUAUGAGCAAGGGCCUCAUUGGCGGAGUGCUUCAAAAGAACGCGGAGAAAGAAGAGAGCGGGAAUGCCAUGGAGACGCUUGUGUCUCAUCUACCGCCUUUGGAACGCGAGGGAAGAAGAGUUGCCGAAAAGCUAUCCGCGUGA